GGCUCGGCAUGUCGACUUGCGAGGGCCGGACUUGUGAGCCUGAGAAGGGAGUUGCCAAAGCUUUCAACCAGGAACGCGUGCAUUGUACUCCUGAACGUGCACAGCCUCGUGCACUCAAACAUGGACAUGCACAAAAGCCACAUUCAUGUGUGUUAUGAAUACAAGGUGUUUGUGUUUCAGUCGUUUUCUCUCAUGGUGGACUUUGGAGCUGAAAGGAAGAAGACUGCAGAAGCUGUUGGACAAGGAAGGGAAGAAUGAUGGUGGAAAACGGAAACUCUUUCAGGUCGAGGUGAUCCACGAGCAGCUGUGGACAGUUAUGGCCAAGGAGCAUCUCAGCUGGGGAUUGUUGCUACGUGUGGGCAUCCUGCUUACCGCCGUGUGUCUGUGUGUCCAUAUCUACCUAGAGAUGGUUUGGCAGGGUCUGCCUGCACCCCAAGUCUUAGUAAGUCCCACACAGGCCCAGCAGAACAGAACACAGCUCAGCGGAUCUGAGCCCAUCUCUGCAGAUCCAGAGGAUGAGAACAAUAAUAGAAGAAUUUUACGUGUUGGAACGCUGAAGGACGGCUCAGGCAGGAGGAAGGUCGGGAACCCAUCACCUCCUCGCCACCUCCACAGAAAGAAUUUUCGGUGGCACAUCAACCUGGAGCCUUGGGCCACAGAGAGUCGUUCUCUGGAGAGUGAGGCAAGACGGUUCCUCGAGUACAUCACAACCCCACAAGUGUCGUGUGCGUCACUAAACGGUGAUGCCUGGGCUGUGUGUUUAGACCCCAGAUACAGCCUGAAGCACAGGAUACACAGCAAACACUGCAGGGUCUACUCUUUUGGGCUGGGCGCGGAUGACCGCUCCCUGGAGCAAUCACUCGCCAGGCAGGGAUGUGAGGUCCACUGCUUCGAUCCCAGCCUGAAGCAACCUCACCUGCAGCAGGCUGAAAUGUGGCUCCACUGGCUCUCUGUAGACUGGAGAGAUCCCAACCCUGCAACUGGCCAACGGCAACACGUCACACCAAAGAAACUGGCCACCAUACUGAAUGACUUUGGACACAGACAGGUGGAUGUACUCAAGGCAGAUAUGGAAAGUGCAGAGUGGAAGAUUUUAGAGAAUCUGAUCCUGGAAGGGGUUCUGGACUCUGUGGGUCAGCUGCUCUUGGAGCUUCACCUACACUGGCCCGGCUUUGAAGUGGCUGGCGAUGAUCCAUCUGUGGUGCGCUACUGGUUCAGCCUGCUCAAGGAGCUAGAGCACGCCAACUUCCGACUCUUCCACCUGCACAGUGACCCAGCUAGGCCGCGCCUUUUCCUUCAUAAAAACAUCCUGAACGCCAGCAGCACUUACACAGUGGGGUGGGUCAACACGCAGUGGAAACCCUGAGGGGGUGAAAAACAGAGCACUGCCACAGAAACAGCUGGCUAAAAAAAGAAGACGAAGAACACCACAUUUUGCUCUUUCAACAAACCAAUCUUGCUUAUGCAACAUGACCUUUCCCUCAAAGUAAAAUUCUCAGUGGUACUUAUUAGGCUGUAAUGACCUCAGACAUUUGUAGGGGGCCGCGUAACGGCCCCGAGGCUCUCUGUGUUCUACCUCAUCGCGGCUGCAGGUCGGCCUCUGAGUCACCUUCGCUGCUGCCAUCAUCAGUCCCAUCUGGACGAUUUCGGACAGCCGCAGCCCUACCAGAGACGUGGACUGAUAUGACUGCUCCCUGCACACCCACAGACACCACAGUCCUUUCAAGAUGAAAUUAAUUCAAAGAGAUGGAUAACAGACUGGAUAAAGAGUUCUGGCUCAUUGACAAAGAGAGCGUCAGGUCAUUGACGCUGCUUACAAAGCAAGACGAAGAAGUCAAAGAAUCUUUGUUAAGGUCGCUGUACACCAUCAGACUGCUCAAUUACUGAAUUAACGGCCUUUGAUCUUGGAGCCGACUGUUACAACCCAAAACACAACAGCAAAAGUCACAUCCACACUCUGCUGGGUGUAUUUGUUAAUAUGCAACGUGGAGCCAGUUAUGAAAGAACAAUUUGCAUUUUGUGACAGUGCCAUUUCCUGAGCAACAAUGAAAAGCACCAAUCCAGAGCCACACAAAGUACAGUAUGAUAUAACUGUCUCUUUUUCCUCCCUCCUUCAAACCCUUGUGUAUUAUCUCCACAACACAAGAAUUUCAUCAAUAGAAAAAAAUAUUGCAUCCAAUUUGCAUAACUCACCAAAUCCUUUGAUGUAGUUUAAUAAAAGCCAAAUUAUUGUGUGGGACUUCUUUUAUGAGCUAUUUUGAUGAUGAAUAACGGUGAAAGUAAUUUCUGAAGGUAAAACAAACACAAUGUAUUUCCACAAAGGUUCUAUGAUUGGCAAUGAAGAUUCUUUGCAAAGGCAAUUCUGAAAUGUACACAGUGCACCGGAGAGCGACAAAACAAAACGCAAUUAGUUUUUUUAAUGUUAUCUAUUGAGUAAUUAUUUUCCUUUAGAAACCACUUGUAAAAUUAAGCGCCUGUACAAAAAUACUGCAAUAUAAGACUGGAUACCAGUCCUCCCAAGAUCACAAAA